CUCUUGCUGGGGUCGUCGCACCGGUUAAAUUCCUCGUCCUCGCUGUGUUCCAUUGCUCAAUCGUCUCAAUUCUACUCUCAUCCUCCUCAGGUGAUUACACAAAGCCCUCCCUCAACCCAAUUCUUCCCCUGCUCCCUCAAUACAAUCCUCUAUCAUCACAAUGUCUGCCAGAAAGCUGAAGAUUGGCUGUGCCGGUCUGGGCCGCAUGGGCAAGCGUCACGCCCUCAACUUCUUGCAACGUACUCCCCGCGCGGACCUGGUUGCCGUCAGCACCCCAGAUGACACCGAGCUGGAAUGGGGCAAGGUGCACCUUGCUCCUUACGGAGUGAAGCUAUACAAGAACUAUGACGACAUGCUGAGGCAUGAAGGCUUAGAGGCCGUCGUGGUUGCGUCCGCAACAGCCGUGCAUGCUGAACAGGCCAUCAAGGCCAUUGAGGCCGGCAAGAACGUUCUCUGUGAGAAGCCUCUGUCAACCAGUGUCGAAAUUUCCCAAACCGUCCUCGACGCAGCUUCCAAGAACUCCCACCUGAAAGUCAUGUGCGGUUUCUCCCGCCGCUUCGAUGCCUCCUACCGUGAUGCGUACACCAAGAUGUCUGCCGGUUCAAUUGGUGCCCCCGCCGUCAUGCGUAGUCAGACCUGCGACAAGCUCGACCCGACGGGAUUCUUCGUCGCCUACGCCGAGUUCUCCGGAGGUAUCUUUGUGGACUGCUCCAUCCACGAUAUCGAUCUGGCCCUGUGGUUCUUCGGACAAGACAGCAAGGUCAAGUCCGUGUCCGCGGUGGGUAUCACAGCCGUUGAGCCCGAUCUGCGCAAGCACAAUGACCGGGACAACGCCGUCGGCCUGGUCGAGUUCUACAACGGCAAGAUCGCCUACUUCUACGCCUCGCGCAUGAUGGCCGCUGGCCAGGAAGACACCACCGAGAUCAUCGGUACCAAGGGCAAGCUGGCAGUAAACACCCAGCCCGCUCUGAACCUGGUCAACAUCUUCGACGAGAACGGAGUCCGUCGCGAGAUUCCCCAGCACUACUACGAUCGCUUCGAAUAUGCCUUCGUCACCGAGGCAAACGAGUUCACGGCCUGCUGUCUCGAGAACACCCCUGUCCCCCUGAAGCUCGAGGGUGCGGUCCAGGCAGUCCGCAUCGGCAGCGCCCUUCAAGAAUCCCUGAUCACCGGCGAGAAGAUCUUCUUCGACGAGGCUGGCGAGCGGAUUCCCAAGUCAAGACUUUAGAGAUGAUAGACCACGAUAGAUCCAUGUUACGACUAGUCCAUGUUAAUG